CUAUUUCCAAUAGCAGUGAAGGCAGCAUUACCAUCGGCUGCGUGAGGCGUGUUUGGCCGGGCAAGGACACAGGGCUGAAUGACAUUGUGUAAGUUAGCUAAGUAAUGCUUAGUAGCUCGUUAAUGGCGUUAACAUUCCCGUGACUACUGUAUAAAAUUUCUCUUGGAUACGCACCGCAUCUAUACGGGCUUCAGCGGGGUUUCGUUUGUAAAAGGUCAUGUGCUCCUGGCAUUGGUUCUGAAAACCUAAGUGGAAGACCCAAGUCAGAGAAAAAUCCAUCAGUGCUUUCAAGUAGAAUUUGCUUGACCUCUCAUUUCCUAUACUGGUUUGCUGAGGUGUAAAAUCUGCUGCUGUAGUUUGGAAUCAUCCAGUCAUAAGGUCCUGAGGACACGGAUUACGUGUCCUUUGCGGUGCCCUGUACUGUGGGUGAUGCUCAGCUGGUGACUGGGGUUGUUUUGGCCCCUGUGGUGAAUGGCUGUGAGCAGAUGGGGCAUCGCCUUUUGGGUGGGUUGUGUCCGCAGCCAUGACAGAAGGCAAGCCAUCAGAAAACAGAGCUGGAUGCUCAGCCAGGCGGUUGACUGGCUGUGGAUCCGUCAAGCACGUCCCCUGAGCAGUGCAUCAUGGGCCCUGGCACCUCCCAACAGCCUGAGAUAUCAGAACAUUAAGCAGCCGGUGCUGUCCCACCCGUUCCACAAUGCCAGCCAGCCUCAGAGAGGAGGUUACUACGAGGAGGACUGGGAGGAGUCUGUCAGCGUGUGUGUGCUGGUGCGACAGGGCGACUCAGAUGGCCUACAUACUCUGCUGGAGAUCCCUCUGUUCGGUCACAAUAAACUAGGAGAAUUCCUUACUCUGGGGGCUCACAAGUCGUCUGAGUUCUCGUUCCCCCUAACCAUGGUGGAUGGCAGUAGAGAGGAUGACAUCAGCAUGGACAGCUUCAAGAGAAACGGUGUUGACAUUGUAAAGAGAGAACAUGGCUGUUUCAGAAGCCUGUUUGAAGCAGAGAGGUGUCCUGCACCGUUCAUGUACGGCUCUCAGUUUUAUUGUUUUCAUUGCCCGGGCACAGAGCCAGUGCCUGGCAGUGGGGUGAAAUCUAGGCAGAAUAUUGGACUUGACAAGCCUGUGGAAGUGACUCUUCUACAGCCUACCACUCUGUGUAGCCAUACACAAAGAGCAGAGGGAGGGAAUAUUGAAGGAGACAGUGAAGGAGAGGAGAAACUGGCCAUGAUGUAUGAAAGACUCAGGAUAGAGCUUCCACGUUUCUUUAUAAAGAACCAUGAUUACACCUUGUACUCAAUUGAUGUGGAAUUCAUCAAUGGCCUCAUCAAUACCAAAACCAGAGGCCGUGUGGUGUACCAGCUUACCCUCAACCUUUGGCGCCUGCUGUGUCUUUGUUACUACGCCGAGGCUCGGCUAGAGGUGCUGAAGCUCACUAAGCACAUGGAAGAUGGAACCAUCAAGGCUCGCUGGAGGAUCAGGGGCCUUCCUUUCCACACACUGUUGCUGCGCUUUUAUCGCAAAGACAAAUCUCAACUUUACAGGUCAUAUGAUGCAUUUUCUACUUUUUACAUUGGACAAGAUGGACUCAUUCAUUGUCAUAAAGUUGAAAAGGUGAUGCCAGCUCAGCCCCCUGUCCUGCCCAGAGUAACUUCCCUCCUGGCAGGGGCUUUGGUGGCCCUCGGGGUGCAGGAGCAUCGACCUGCGCUCAACCUGCUGCCCCUCCUCCUGUCCUCACUGCGCCAGAGCAGAAACUGAUCCCAGGACCAUUAGAGGAAUAACGGCCGGUGAAAUCAACAGUGUGUCCAAGGUCCAUGAGAUUCUGAAAAGUUUCAUUCAUUUUCAGCAUAGAAACACAUUAAAUACAGAGUCAAGGCUUUAUACUGUUUUUCCUUUAUCUAAUUGUUCAGCUAUUAUUUGUUAACCUGAACACAGGGUCUAGGUGUCACAUGGCUAUCAUCCCUGCCAGCUGUUGUUAUAAUAGGCAACCUUUUUUUUUUAAAUUUUAAAACAAAACAAACUAUUAAAUCAAGGGCUGCACGAUUAAUCAUAUUAAAAUCGUGAUCUCGAUUUAGAGUUCUCUGCGAUCUCAUUUCUAAAUGACAGUGAUUCUGCUGCUUUUUCAUCAGUGACACCCACUGCAUCAUUUCUAUCUUCUUCUUCAGUAAAUGACAACGAUUCAGAGAUAAACCCAGUGACAAUGACAGAUAGUUUCCGCUUUAGCUGUGCAUGCUAUUGCUAGGGGCAUGCAGCUCUCAACAGGUAGAACUCACCUGACACCGGAGUGGAGAGAAUCAGAGUUAGUCUCACUGCCUGCAUCACGCUGUUAUUCUGCCCUCCAUUUUCAUCAACUAUCUAACUCCACAGUUAGUCUUGUGGUUUGGUCAUUUAAGACAAGAUGUGGUUGUAAAGUUUACAUCCUGUCACUCUGUUGCUUCUGCAGUGCUCUAUGUGUGAACUGUGAGGCAGCUAAAAAAAAAGUGAUAUUCUGUGUCGAAUCAGGGUGCUCCUGACUGAUGAUGUAUAAUAGUUGACAUUUAGGGGGAAGAGUUUAUCACCACACCCUUCAAGCUUUCAUAGGCACAAGUAAAUUACAGACUCAAUCACCUACCACUUAGUCAAAGACAUGCCCUUUCCUAUAUCAGUCUGCAUUACAUUUUCUGUUUUCUCCUUGUGUAACUGGUAAAUGAGUGCAAAAAACAUCAUCAUCAUCACUUUUCUCCAGAAUCGUGUAGCCCUUGAUUUGCCUCAAAUCUAGAAAAAAAUCUGUCAUUUAAAAGUCAAAGCAAAAAAUGAGAUGCAAUUUAAAAUUUAACCCUGAAUAUCUUGUUAUCAACGCUGCAGAUGAGACUAAUAUCAGAACAUCAUGAUGACAAAAAUGUGGGUCCUAGUUCAAAAUUGGAAUGCAAUGCUAACAUCUGCUGUAGAUUUACACUUUUCACAUGGUGACAUGAAGCUUGCUGCACAAUCUGCAUUUACCAAUUAAAAAAAUAUUUUACACUGCCUCCUCUAUAAAGGAAUAGUUCAACAUUUUGGGAAGUAUGCUUAUUUGCUUUUUUCCCUAAGAGUAAGAUGAGAAGGUUGAUGAUAAUUUUAUAUUUGUGAAAGAAAAAAAUACCUUGAGCAAAGAAGCUCAAGGUAUUUUUUUGUCAUAGUGGUGCCAAUCCUCAUGCUAACUGUACACUCACCAUCUCUGUUGUAGAGAUUUGGAAUAUGUAGUCCAACAAAAAUAAUAUUGGGGCAAGCAGCACAACCUCAAUUCAACUUAUAAACAAAUAAACAAAUAAAUAUAAAUUCAAGAUAAAUCAUUUCAAAUAUUUGUAUAUAAGUCUGACCCUCCUAUCAUUUUGCUGACUCUAUAGACUAACUGCCUAUUCUUUUGUGCUCACCAUUUUGUUGAUUUUUUGAGACCAACUGGCGUAAUGCGUAAUUGAAGAGGUAGGACACUCUGAACCCAACACUAAAUUGGGUUGCAUUCAAUUUACAGUGGCAAGAAAAAGUCAGUGAACCCCUAAGAAUUAUCUGCAUUUAUGUAUACAUGUUUAAAAUACAGAUCUUCAUCAAACUUAUAAUUGAUGAACGAUCUAUUUUAACUAUUAACACAAAUCAUUGUAUUGUUCUUGUCCACAUUGAAAACAUCAUAAAACAUGACACCAACAAAAGCUAACUGGAGUCAGGACCUAACAAACCUGGAGCCCAAUCAAAGAAAUGAUGAUUGGAGGUGUGGGUUAGAGCUACUUUGACUUAUAAAAAACACUAAGACAUUAAGUCUGCUGUUCAAAGGAAAGAUCUGCUGAUGUGAUCCUUGCCUUGAAAAAAGACUGGAGAAGAAGAUCAAGAAUUGUUGAUUUACACAAAGCUGGACAGGGUUACAGAGUCAUCUCAAAGAGUUUAAAUACUCAUCAGUCCACAGUAGGGAUGGGCAUUUUAAUUACUUUCUGAAGUCAAUUAAUCAAGCUAAUUUAAGUCGAUUAGUUGUGAUGUCAUCAUUAACACGUGCUCUCCACUCAAACCAAAAUAAUAUGUUGUCAUGUCGAGUCAUGUUUUUUGCACUGUAGUGUACAGAUGCACUAACUUUACCUUUCAAGCUGCAGUCAUCAAGAAGGCACCUCAGGCUAGUUCUAAGCAGUGUGUCUCAUCUGUGCUGAGAGUCUAAAGCAAAUAACCCGAAAAGUUCCAAGUAACCUUCGAAUGGAAGGUGACAGUGACAAAAAAAAUUGUCUGAAAUCAUUUAAGUCACUAAAGCUAUUUGUUAUUUGUUCCUGUCGUUUGCUGCCACAUGAGCAUUUCGGUACUAUAUAUUCACAGUGUUUUCCGUAAGCGUCAGCUGUUGGCCGAAAGGCUGGACACUAAAACAUUUUCACCCGACUACUUUCUGAAUGUUUGAAGUCACUGUCACUUUAUAUAAUGUUAUAACUCUAAUCUUAAACCAGAUGAGGAUUUUUGUCACCAGACGUCUGGAUCUUCAGUAAUCAGAGAAACAAGCUGAGCAAACAGCCGCUCUCAACGUCCCGUGUCUGCAUUACAUAGAAACAUUGAUUUUUCAAAAUAUGAAACUGCAUUAUUCAAUGAGGCCUCAGUGGAUAAUUCAGCUCCCAGUAAAAACCUCCUGAACAAUGAGCACUGAAAGAAUCGUAAAAACGUAAAAACAGGCUGAGCAUCUAGAAACAACAUGAGCGGCAGCUCGGUUAACAGCCUGCAGGGCCAACCCCACCCCGCCCCCCAGCAUAAUGUCGUAAUUAGUUUAUUUUGAUUGCCAACGUCUUGCAGUCUUUUGCUUGCACCAUACAGAGCAAGAUGCAGCAGAGAAGCAACACUCAGCAGAAACAGAACCUUAAACAUUAGUUCCGUGUCUUUCCUUACACCUCCACCUGAUUAAAAAUAAAUCAGCUAAAAAUUUGUUGAUUCUUAAAAAUAGAUGUCGACUAUGUUUACUGUGUCGAUUAAUCGACUUAUUAUUAAUGAACAUCCCUAGUCCACAGUCAGACAGAUAUCUCUAAAUGGAGAUGAUUUAGUUCUGUGGUUACUCUCUGUUCAGAAUAUGGCUUAACUGAAGCAGGUCUGUAGAGAAAAUUCCUCCUGAACAUUGUGCAGGUCUGAUCCACAGCUGCUGAAAGAGCUUGUUUGUGAUAAUGUAGUAGCAAAUGACCUUUUAAGUGUGCAGCUUAAGUCUGUAUCCACUUUUAUACAGUUGCCUUGCUGUUGUUUAAAAGAUCUGAAGGUCUAUUUAAGCCAGCAGUGGAGGUGAAUUCACGUCUGUGUGAAAGGGAGAGCACGACAGGAUAGACACUGACCAACACUAAGGCUGCUGUGUUACACAUCAUGUUUCUGAUUCUGCGAUGUCAGCAUGAUAUCUAAAGUUGUACCUCGGGGUGGCAUUACACCAGCUUUGUUUGGUUCAGUAUAAACAAGCAUAGGAGGUGUAAUCAGGGGUCUUCAUAACAGUACAAUAGCCUUUAUGCAAACCAUGUCAUGGCUUCAAAUUGCAUUAAUAUACAGACAUCAUAUUAUCUCAGAUUGUCUUCAUUUUACUGUCAGAAAGCUUUAUUCCCAAAAUGUUGAAUUCUUUUUUUAAAUACCCCACUUCCAUAUCACAAUGGCUUCAUGUGGAUGAAUGAUUUGAUGAGUGUGCCUGGUCCCAGGAAAUCUGGAGGGUUUCUGACCUCACCAGACAGCUUACAAAAUGCAGAUUUAACAUCAUAAUCUGUGUCUGCCUUCCCAUAUGUAGCAGUCAUAGCACAUGUUGAGUACAAUUAGAUAAAAGAAAAAUAUGCACUGACUGGUGUGACAUGGGCUUCUCAGCACACAGUCAUGUCUUGAAAAUCCAUUUUGAGUCUUCUUGCUAUCAUUAAAGAAAUUAUUCAAGACAUGUCUUGGUACAGUAAUGGGAGGAUAUUCUCGUGGAAGAUUGUUGUAGAUGUGAUACUGCUGAUCAAAGAGGUUAUUUUUGUUAAAUCUACAGGGCCUAUUCAUGUGAAACUGCUGCUUUCACAAGUGAUGUGUGUGAUGGAACCUCUGGUUCGUUACAUUUCACUGAUGAAACUCUUUAUCACAAAUACAAACAUUGUACAGAUUAGAUAGAUAAUAGAACGAUGAGUACAUUCUAGUACAUUAAUUAAAUAAUACUAUAACAUUGCAGACUUAAGGUUUCAAACUUGUCUAAAAACAAAAGUCUUUCUACCUGUUCUGUCUCCCUGUGGCUGUAUCCCACUGCCUGCCUGAUUUUUGCUCAAGAAUUCUGUAGUCUAAAAGCAGUGAAUUGUACAAAUCUUUCCUGGAAGCUAUUUGUGUUGUUGUGCUCGAACAUUCACAUGAAAAGUGACUUAAAUGUGAUGAAAAAACUUUAAACCCUACUCACUGUCUUGCCUCCAUACCACAGGGACCUAGUGCUAUGAUAGUGCUAAGCUGAUUUUGGCAAAGAGGCCACACAGUAGUAACAUCCAUAACACGACUGUAUAUAUAAAAUCUGAAAUGUUAAAAAUACUUUGGGUGCCCUGGAUUGUGGGAAAAUGUGAUCUGUCAGGUCUCCAUUCUGUUAUUUCAACAUCAGAUGUAUCCGGUGAUUCUCAGUAGAAUUAGGGCUACGUCAGCUUGAAUAUCUACUCUGAGCCUGGCUUAAGGUGGUAGACUUUCUGAAUGGAAACCAUUGUAUGAUUGUGUAUUAGUGUGGGCUUUGAUCUGACACAGCUUUGUGUGUGUGUGUAAUGUUGUGUUGUGAACAGAAUACCUUCCUUCUUAUAAGCCAUUGUUUACCAAAAAAGGUGUAUGUUGUGACUGUUAAAACAUUUUUUAAAAAUCAUCGUAACAACAUUUCACAACAGGCCUACCACAGACCUUUGCUGCAGAUUGCAAGAAACAGUCAGCAAAACACUAGAUGUCCAUUCAUGUACAGUAGAGCUGAACAACUAGAGUAAGAAGCUUAUCUGUUUAGAAAACCUAAUCAUAGUCAUCUGUGGUCCUGUUAAUGUACUAAAUUGUAUUCCCACCAGUUUAAUUAAAUGAGUAGUUUUGCUGGGAAAUAAAAAAUCAGGAUGUUGACUAAGAGCUAAGGUGUUUGGAAACUCACAAAACCUUGCAUGUGAGUCAGACAUGGUGAAAAUGUAUGUUAUGCCUCUUGUGCAUGGGUGGUAAAAUAGCUUUACCACCUACAAAAAUUUUAGCGCAUAGCCUUUGUGGUUUAUUUCACCAGAGUCCUGGCCUGAGCAUAUAUACAUACCAGUGUUCAUUUAUACUCCUAGCACCUUCUACUAGCAACAGAAAUGGCAUCUUUAUACUUUGAUAUACUUGUCCUGGCAGGUCGACCAGAUCCACCUCAAACUUGGUCAGAAAAGCUUUAAGAAGUUAAUACUUUUUGGGAUCGUAAAUUUUCACCGACCAACGGUGCCCUGGUAGCACAGCAGAUUAUGAGAACAGGAAGAAAGGGACUAGGUGUGCUCUAAAACUAGUGCUGAAUAGAUGACGCCUCAUGGAGUGUGUGGCACAUUCCUCUAACUGGUGAGUUUUAGACUGAAACUCAUGAAACCUGACACGAUGUACAUCAAGAUGUAUGAUAUUUUCCAAGCCAGCAUUCCCGACAUGCACAUGCGAGAGCUCAAUCAAAACUGCUUGCAGCUUGAAUUCUAAUUUCUAUCUGAAGAAAGGAAUAAAUCAUAACAACUUGCCUGGAGAGGACCUGCAUCCUCAGCAGCACAGUUGAAAGUUACUUUUAUGCAGAGACCAGCAAAUGUUGGUGCUGUGAAGACCCUUGAACAUGCUGCCUUUGCUUGUUAAUGCAGCCCCAGUAUGUGAUUUCAUACAUUAUGGCGGUAUCACAGAAUCAGACGUGUGACGUGCAACACAGCGGCGUCAGCGUUGGUCUGUGCCUCCUCCACUGUGCAGGCUCUCUCUUUUUCACAGAUAUCAAUUCCAGCUCUGUGACUACCUUUGCUUCCACCUUAAAGGUGGGGCAGUAAGGCCUCCCUAAUGGUGAGGCAGGGUAACAGCACAAUAUUCCAUCCUUGAAGAGGCUGUGUAAAAGGGGCUGAUGUUAUAAACAGCAGCACCACACUGUGACACAGAAGGACCCACAAUCUCCCACUUAAUCUUGAUUUAUACUGCAUAGAUACUGCAGGUGCAUUGCAUCUGAGCUAUAGCUAUGCUUAAUCAGCUAAUCAUGUGGCAACAGUCUCAAUUAACCUCAGCAACUUUGACCAUGGGAUAAUGGUCAGUGCCAGAAACUGCUUAGCUCCUGGGAUUUUCAUGCACAACAGUCUUCUGAGCUCACUCAGAAUGGUGCCAAAACCACCUUGUGAUGAGAGAGGUCAGAGGAGAAUGAGCAGACUGGUUGGAGCUGACAGAAAGGUUGUGCUAAUUCUGAUAAUCACUCUUUACAGCUGUUGUGAGCAGGCAAGUAUCACAGAGUGCACAACUCAUCCAACCAUGAGGCGGAUGGACUGUAACAUCUAACCACGUCAGCUUCCACUCCUGUCGGCCAAAAACAGAAAUCUGUAGUGGACACAGGCUCACCAGAACUGGACAGCUGAAAACUGGAAACUAGUCUGAUGAAUUUCUGCUGAGGCAGCAGAUGGUAGGGUCAGAAUUUGGCUUCAACAGCAUGAAUCCAUGGACCCAACCUGCCACCAUGUUCAUCCCUUUUAUGGCCAUAGUUUACCAUCUAAUGACUUCUUCCAGCAUUAUAAUGCACCAUGUCAUGUCAUGCCAUAAACUGCUUUCAUGAACAUGACAGUGAGUUCAGUGAACUUCAGUGGUCUCUCCAGUCAGCAGAUCUGAAUCCAGUAGAACAGCCUUUGGGAUGUGGUAGAACAGGAGAUUGGCAGCAUGAAUGUGCAGCUGACAAAUCUGUAGAAAUGAUGUGAUGCAGUCAAAUCAACAUGGAGCAGAAUCUCAGAGGAAAGUUUCCAACAUCUGGUGGAAUCCAUUCCAUGAAAGAAGUUUCUAUUUUGAGAGCGAGGGGAGGCUCUAACUAGUAUAAGUGCAGCCUUUCUAAUAAAAUGCUCAGUGUGUGUAAAUCAGCCUUUGAUGCAUUCACAAUACUUGGUAUAAUACAGUGCAAUACAUAGAAUACAGUCAGUGUUGGUUUAAGUGUGCACAUGAGAUUUAUAGAUACAUAUAUACACCAGACUUGUCAACUACCCUCUGUGCUGCGCUGUGUAGAACUUUGACACAGUGUUAGCUUGAACUAUGAGAAGUGAAAAAACCUGCUGAUAAGGUAGAAAUCAGUGGAUUAAAAAAAUAAAAAAGAAAAAGAAAUGGUGAGGAACAGUCAAUCUAGGUCCAAAUCUCAGCAGAGUAUACAAAAGAAACCUUAAAUAUAUAGAGGUAAGUCCUCAAAGAAGUUGCAUCACCCUAUUAGCAGGAUCAUGAUGGAGUCUUCUUCGUUUUUGUCCGAGGCUUCCAACUUUGUCCUGACAAAAUUUAGGAGAAAUGUUUUGACUUCAGGUAUAAAAAGUCCUGUGAACCAAAUGUCACUGUCCAGUUUGACAAAACAAAUACUGCAGUAAAUGUAUAAAUCAGUAUAUCUGACAUACUUCCCUGCCAUUUCAUAGAUUAAUAAAUAAAAGGGCAACCGCAAAGAAACAUCUAUAUUCAAGCCUUUUUUCUUGUAUCUCUGUAGACAGUGGACUGGAAAUCAAUCAAUCAACCCUCUUCCAGCUUGACAGCCAGUCAGAGCAGUAGCUCAGUAGCUGGGAAUCAUAGGAGGCGACUUGCUGAACAACUUAAUGGAUUUUUGUAUUGUUAACAACAAUUUGUCAGAAGAGACACUGGCUGCUCAGCUCUGUGGAACAUGAAUGAACAGACUUGCUGGACUGAGUUACAUGGUUGCAAUGGUUAUAGUAUGUUGACAGCAUCCAACUGUUUUCUUAGAAGAGCCCUGAUCUUUACUAAAUGUGAGAAAUGCAUCCCCAUUUGUCAUUAUUGCAUAAAUGUAAAGAAAUCUCUGUAUAGGAGCACUUUCUGUUGAACUUCAUGUGUAUUUAAUUUGGUUGUGAAGCUCUGCUUAUAUGAGUAGGUGGGUGUUCAAGGUUUUGUUGUGACUUCACUGUUUCACGCAGCUCAAUAAUUAGUGCUUCUUGAAAUCGAGCAAUAAAGCAUGCUGUAACAGUAGCUCUGGUGCAUCAGGGAGUGAACAUUCCCCGGUGUGUAUUUAUCAGUAAUAUCUAAAUAGAAACAUGACUUGCCAGGUUCCGUGUUGCUUAAUUUCCAUAUAUAUUGCUGCAAGAAGUCCUGUGUGAAUAAACGAUCUUAUGAAA